AUGAGCCAGGAGUGGAUCGAGGAGGCGCGCUUGGCCACCGACAAGGAAUUGAGAGUGGCGAGAAAGACUCAGUUUGAUUGUCUACUGAGCAAUUGGGGUAAUUCAAGGAAAAGAUGCCUUAUGAAGCUUGCCUUGCGAAGGAAUGGAAAUCAGAGUCUUAAAUACCAAUUGGUUGGGUAUAAGAAACUUAAUCUGACAUGUCGUAAGACAAGAAGAAUGGGGCACCUUUUUCCCCUAGCAUCUGCUGAUGAUGGUGUAACUGUCAACGGUAGUCCUUCUGCAAGUACCAGCAGUGAUGUGGAGGAAAUGAGAGUUAAACUCAAUCAGUCGCUAAAAGGUGAAGAUUCUGGUGAUAAACUUGUUCAGUCUAUACAUGAUGCAGCAAGGGUUUUUGAGGUGGCAAUUAAAGAACAGGGUUCACUAUCAAAGUUUUCCUGGCUUUCGACGGCCUGGCUCGGUGUAGAUAGGAAUGCAUGGGUGAAAACACUGUGCUAUCAGGUAGAUUCUCAUCCCCUCGAAGAGAGCUUUAUCAGGGGUAAACUAUCUGCCAAACAACCUGAAGCGUAUGAAUGGUUUUGGUCUAAGCAAGUUCCGUUAGUGGUGACAUGUUUUCUUAAUUAUCUUGAAGAAGACCCACGCUUUACUGCUGCCACUGCUGUGUUUGGAAAAGGCUUGUCCUUGAGUUCAGGAAAUGGAAGUGAUAUUUCACUUCUUUUACUGGCACUGACUUGUAAUGCUGCAAUCACGAAACUUGGCCCCACAAAAGUUUCUUGCCCACAAUUCUUUUCCAUGAUUUCAGAUAUAACUGGUAGAUUGAUGGAUAUGCUGGUUGAUUUCAUUCCUAUACGCCAAGCUUAUCAUUCUAUAAAGCAUAUUGGUCUACGCAGAGAAUUUCUUGUCCAUUUUGGUCCUCGAGCUGCAACAUGCAGAGUAAAAAAUGAUCGUGGUUCAGAAGAGGUGAUUUUCUGGGUUAAUCUUGUACAGAAGCAGCUCCAGCGUGCUAUAGAUAGGGAGAGAAUAUGGUCAAGACUAACAACAUCUGAAAGUAUUGAGGUUUUGGAGAAGGAUUUAGCUAUAUUUGGAUUCUUUAUUGCCUUAGGAAGAAGUACACAAUCCUUUCUAUCUGCAAAUGGAUUUGAUGUUCUAGAUGAUCCUAUUGAAGGUUUCAUCAGGUACCUUAUUGGGGGUAGUGUUUUGUACUAUCCUCAGCUUUCAUCAAUAAGCUCCUAUCAGUUGUAUGUAGAGGUAGUCUGCGAGGAGCUGGAUUGGCUUCCUUUUUAUCCGGGCAACAUUGGCACCACAAAACUGUCUCAUGGACACAAAAAUAAGCAAAAGGGUCCUCCAAAUGCUGAAGCUAUCCCCCAAGUAUUAGACCUGUGCUCCCAUUGGAUGCAGAGUUUUAUUAAAUACAGUAAAUGGCUAGAGAAUCCUUCAAAUGUUAAGGCAGCGAGGUUCCUUUCCAGGGGGCACGACAAAUUAAUGGAGUGCAUGGAAGAACUGGGAAUAUCUCGGAAAAUGACAGAAAGCAAUAUCAAUUAUUCUGCUGAGAUAUCAGGACCUGAAAUUAAUUUGACCACUGAUAAAGGGACAGAUUCAUUCAACAAGGCUUUGGAGAGUGUUGAAGGAGCUCUUGUGAGACUGGAAGAAUUACUUCAAGAUUGGCAUGUAUCAAGCUCUAAUUCUGGGAAAGAGCAUUUAAAAGCUGCUUGUUCUGAUCUUGAGAAAAUAAGGAAACUGAAGAAAGAAGCUGAAUUUCUGGAGGCAUCUUUCAGAGCAAAAGCAGCUUCGCUUCAGCAGGGAGAGGAUGAAAGUAGUCUACAAUCUUCUAUCAGUGAGCAGCAACAAUACUUGAAAGCGAAAGGGAGGAAGAAUGCUAAAAGUAAAAUGCAAGGACUGUGGAACUUCUUUGUGCUCUCUCCAACCAAGAAGCCUGGCCCUGAUGCAGCAGUUGUAGAUGCAUCUGGAGACACAAGUAUUGGGAAAACUACUACAAGUAUAGGUAUUGGAGAGUCAGAAUCCAAUGAAAUUCGUCGUUUUGAACUUCUAAGGAAUGAACUGAUGGAACUAGAAAAACGGGUUCAGAGAAGUACUGAUCAAUAUGAAAAUGAAGAGGAUAUUAAGGUUACAGAUGAUCGUGCUAAUUACCAUGACGAGGCUGCAAGUUCUCAAUUGAUCCAGGUUGAAACGAAUGACAAUAUCAUUGAAAAAUCACUUGUUAAGCUGAAGGAAACAAGCACGGAUGUCUUGCAAGGAACUCAGCUUCUAGCUAUUGAUGUUGCUGCUGCAAUGGGUUUGCUUAAAAGGGUCUUGAUUGGAGAUGAGUUAACAGAGAAAGAAAAAAGCGCUCUCCGGAGAACUCUGACGGAUUUGGCGUCAGUGGUUCCUAUCGGCGUUCUUAUGCUUCUUCCUGUUACUGCUGUGGGACAUGCAGCAAUGUUGGCUGCUAUCCAGAGAUAUGUGCCAGCUUUGAUACCAUCCACAUAUGGACCAGAAAGGUUGGAUCUCUUGAGGCAGCUUGAGAAAGUGAAGGAAAUGGAAAGCAUUGAACUGGAUGCAAAAGAAAAUGGAGAGGUACUAUCCUGA